GGACAACGGAAGUGCACACCCCGGCCCCGCCUCCGCCCCCUGCCUUGAGUGAGCUGGGUGUUUCCUUCCUCUCAGUCCGGAUUUGGAGACUCCGGCGUCCUCCGACUUUUCAUGGAAGAGAUGUCAGGAGAAAGUGUGGUGAGCUCGGCGGUGCCAGCGGCUGCUACCCGCACCACUUCCUUCAAGGGCGCCAGUCCCAGCUCCAAGUACGUGAAGCUGAACGUGGGGGGCGCCCUCUACUACACCACCAUGCAGACGCUCACCAAGCAGGACACCAUGCUGAAGGCCAUGUUCAGCGGGCGCAUGGAGGUGCUCACCGACAGUGAAGGCUGGAUCCUCAUUGACCGCUGUGGGAAGCACUUUGGGACAAUACUCAACUACCUUCGAGACGGGGCUGUGCCCUUACCCGAGAGCCGCCGGGAGAUUGAGGAGCUGCUAGCGGAGGCCAAGUACUACCUGGUGCAGGGUCUCCUAGAAGAGUGCCAGGCGGCCCUACAAAACAAAGACACAUACGAGCCCUUCUGCAAGGUGCCUGUCAUCACCUCCUCCAAGGAAGAACAGAGGCUCAUAGCGGCUUCCAAUAAGCCGGCCGUGAAGCUGCUCUACAACAGAAGCAACAACAAGUACUCCUACACCAGCAAUUCUGACGACAAUAUGUUGAAAAACAUUGAAUUGUUUGAUAAGCUUUCUCUGCGCUUUAACGGGAGGGUCCUGUUCAUAAAGGACGUCAUUGGGGAUGAAAUCUGCUGCUGGUCCUUUUAUGGUCAAGGCCGCAAAAUCGCAGAAGUCUGCUGUACCUCCAUCGUCUAUGCCACCGAAAAGAAGCAGACCAAGGUUGAGUUCCCUGAAGCCCGAAUUUAUGAGGAGACCUUGAACAUUUUGCUGUAUGAAGCCCAGGAUGGCCGAGGACCUGACAACGCGCUCCUGGAAGCCACGGGCGGUGCAGCUGGGCGCUCCCACCACCUGGACGAGGACGAGGAGAGGGAGCGGGAGCGGAUUGAGCGCGUGCGGAGGAUCCACAUCAAGCGCCCAGAUGACCGGGCCCACCUGCACCAGUGAGGCAGCAAGUGCAAGCUGCCUUCCCUGCACCCCUGCCCCCUCUGACCCUGUGCAGGCUUCGGGGCGCCUCCCACCUCCCCUGGAGUCCGGAGACACUUUUGUAAUAAGCAGAUGAUUAUUUUGAUAUUUCUUGACAAAGCGGAUUGCUUCUGUGUUGACCUAAGUGUGUACCCUUCUGAAAGCUCUACUUCUCAGGAGAGCCUGGAGCCUGGCUUCUUUGGCUCUUAGAGGAAAAGUGUGAAUGAGGCUGGUGUGUAUGCGAGAGCCUUUGUUGCAGUAUUUAUUACAUGGGUGUUGACUACCUAUUAGGGCUUCUUAGGUGACACUCCCGUAGGGCUUAGUUUACCAGUUGUGAGGGACUUUGUAGUUGGCAGUCAGCCACCAAGAUGUCUUGUCUGUGAGCAGCCUGGCCCCUGUGUACUCCAGGCAGGCAGUCUCACUUUUCCCUGGGAGUCUGCUCUGUACAGUUUUGUGAUAGAGCUCGUUGGUCACACUUGCAGCUUGUA